GCCUGAGCCCCGAGCCCGCGGGAGCCGGCGAGGCCUGCGGCGGCAGGGGCGGGGGCGGGGAGACGCGGAGCGCCUGGAGCGCUCGGAGCCCGGCGCUGAGGCCGAGGCGCAGGUACAGAGGCUGGAGAGAAAUCUUUCAUUGAGUGCACACUCUCACAAAAUCACUCAAAUGUUUCUUUGCUUGAGGACAGGAUUUCAUCUUUGAAACAAGAAGUUUCUCCGGAAGCUUGGUGAGGCCUAUCACCAUGUUCUGGAAGUUUGAUUUGAACACAACAUCCCAUGUUGAUAAACUGCUGGAAAAAGAGGAUGUGACUCUGCAUGAGUUGAUGGAUGAAGAUGACAUCCUCCAGGAAUGUAAGGCGCAGAACCGCAAGCUUCUGGACUUCCUCUGCAAACAGCAGUGUAUGGAGGAGCUGGUGAGCCUCAUCACUCAUGACCCGCCCCUGGACAUGGAAGAGAAGGUCCGCUUCAAAUACCCCAACACAGCCUGUGAACUCCUGACCUCUGAUGUGCCACAGAUCAAUGAUAAACUGGGAGGAGAUGAAACUUUGCUGAACAUCCUUUAUGACUUCUUGGACCAUGAGCCACCUCUCAACCCUUUACUGGCCAGCUUUUUCAGCAAGACUAUUGGCAAUCUCAUUGCAAGGAAAACCGAACAGGUGAUCACGUUUCUGAAAAAGAAAGACCAGUUCAUUAGCCUGGUACUGAAGCAUAUAGACACAUCUGCCAUGAUGGAUCUGCUGCUUCGCUUGAUCAGCUGUGUGGAGCCUGCAGCUCUUCGGCAGGAAGUCUUAAAUUGGCUGAAUGAAGAGAACAUCAUUGAGAGGCUUGUGCAGCUGAUCCACUCAAGCCAAGAUGAAGAUAGACAAUCAAAUGCUUCUCAGACUCUAUGUGAUAUUAUCCGACUCAGCAGAGACCAGGGCAGUCAGACGCAAGAGAUUUCUGAGCCUGAUCCUCUCCUUACAGCUCUGGAGUCACAGGAAUGUGUGGAGCAGCUUCUAAAGAACAUGUUUGAUGGAGACGUGACUGAAAACUGUUUAGUCAAUGGCACUCAGAUUUUACUGACAUUGUUGGAAACAAGGAGAUCUGGGGUGGAGGGCCUGAUGGACUCCUUCUCUCAGGGAUUUGAAAGGUCUUACACUGUCAAUAGCAGCAUAUUACAUGGUAUUGAACCAUGGUUGAAAGACUUUCACCAGCUUCUUCUCAGCCCUCCAAAGAAAAUGUCUAUCCUGACCACCAUUGGCAUCCUGGAGGAACCCCUGGGAAAUGCUCGACUUCAUGGGGCCCGGCUGAUUGCUGCCUUGCUGCAUACCAACACACCCAGUAUUAACCAAGAGUUGUGUCGGCUCAACACAAUGGACUUGCUACUUGACUUGUUUUUUAAGUUCACCUGGAAUAACUUCCUGCAUUUCCAAGUGGAGCUGUGCAUCGCAGCCAUUCUGUCCCACUCUGCCCGGGAAGGUGGAAUGUUAACCAAGGAAUCUGAUUCCCGAGAGGAAUUGCCUAAUGGAAAUGGAAGCUUGGAAAAAACUGAGUGUGUAGAGAUGAACUCUGAAAAUGUUAUGGUGACACAUCUGUUCCAGAAGUGCUGCUUGGUACAAAGGAUCUUGGAUGCCUGGGAAGCCAAUGACAGAAUCCAGGCAGAAGGCGGGAUGAGGAGGGGAAACAUGGGCCACCUCACCCGAAUAGCCAACGCUGUUGUCCAGAACAUGGAGAAGGGCCCUAUUCAGACUCAGAUCAGCGCGUUCAUCAAAGAGCUUCCCGAGGACUGCCGAGGGCGAUGGGAGAGUUUUGUGGAAGAGACACUGCCAGAGACCAACCGGAGAAACACCGUUGACCUGGUGAGCACCCACCACCUUCACUCUUCCAGUGAAGAUGAGGACAUGGAAAGUGCUUUUCCCAAUGAGCUGUCACUUCAACAGGCUUUCUCUGAGUACCAGAUCCAGCAGAUGACGGCCAACUUUGUGGACCAGUUUGGCUUCAACGAUGAAGAAUUUGCAGACCAGGAUGAUAAUAUCAACGCACCUUUUGACAGGAUCGCCGAAAUCAACUUCACCAUUGACGCCGAUGACGAUAGUCCCAAUGCAUCUCUGUUUGAAGCAUGCUGCAGUGACCGCAUCCAGCCCUUCGAUGACAAUGAGGAGGAGGAGGACAUCUGGGAGGACAAGGAGGUCAACUAUGCGACCCAAGCGAAAUCCCGGACCAGGUUUGGUGCUUCACAUACCUCAGAGUAUUCCCCCCAAAGUAAUUUGGAGAACGGGGAUCAGGAUGGCAGCGAGGACUCAGAGGAGGACGAGGGGGGGGACGAUGGCCCUCGGCUCCCAGAGCGCACCAGCUCCUCCAAUAUCAGUCUGCAGGGUGACUUGGACUCCUCUGAAGGCUCUGGGUGGACGGCUGUAUUUGAUGAGCCUGUAAAUUCCAAGCCCCCUCCCUCAGGUGUAGCCAUGGACAUUGGCUCUCGGGUUUGGGAUGCGGCCGCUGCGGACACCUGCACUUCCGAGGAAAAAGGCUGGGCCAAAUUCACCGACUUUCAGUCUUUUUGCUGCUCAGAAUCGGGUCCUCGAUGCAGCUCUCCUGUGGACACGGGAAGCAGCACUUCGGAAGGAAAGCCUAAGCAGGGCCAGGACAAGACCUUCAGCCCAGCUGCUCCUUGUGUCUGGAAUGUGUGUGUGGCAAGGAAGGCCCCUCUGGUGGCCUCCGACAGCAGCUCCUCUGGGGGCUCAGACAGUGAGGAGGAGGAAGAGGAGGAGGAGAAGAAAGCAGGUAUCGUCAUAGAAACUGUCAGCCCAGGACCCGGACAAGAAGGCCUCAAGUUGACUACGGAAGCCAAGGCAGAGAUAUCUGUCAUUACCAGCACCGAAGAGCCUCCGGGGACCCCCAAAGUGACCGUGUCAGAGAGGGGAGUGACGAGCGCCCCCCAGCCCUCCCUGCAGCCCCUGAGCCCUGCCAGCGUCAUCUCAGCCGCAGCAGCCACAGCAGCUGUGCCCACGGCAGCCAACACCGCCGUCCUCACGGCAGCCACCACCGCCGUCCUCACGGCCGUCCCUGCAGCGGCUACGACGGUGGCCGCCACGACGGUGGCCGCUACGACGGUGGCCGCCACGGCUGCCCUGGAAACGGUGAUGAGAGACAGGAAAGAGGAGGCGCCACCGUCCCCAGAAGCCACGUUAAACGGCCCUGCUUGAUGCUGCUGCCCCCUCGAGCCGCCAUGUCUCCCUGGGGCUGGGCUGCUUCCCACUUAGGCAAGAAAACUACCUGGUGAUGCAAAUGGUCUGUUUUUUUAUUUUAAUUUUAUUUUUUAAUAAAUGCUGCAUUGGUAAAGCUGGUGGUUAGGACCGGUCACACGACGGCCACAACCAAAACCUUUCUUAGCAAACGUUGGCGACAUUUGCAUUGUCUCACGUAGCCCCGGAGGCGCCUUGACCAAGCGAGUCUUCGGCCUGCUCUCUCCCUGCCGCCUGCUGCCUUCCUGCCCUUUCACCUGCCCCGAGUGUCGAGCCGUUCCUGUGUCUCCUCUCCAAUGGGGGCCGUGGGCAGAAGCGGAGGGGCCGGGCUCGCUGGCCCGCGUGCUGCCCUGUAUAGCAAUAAAGCCUUAUGGGACGGAGGGAAGGCCCCGGGUGGGGGGAGAAGAGCGGACACCAGACCCCAGGUGGGCAGGGGACAUGCUGUCCCGAGGCCUCUCCCGAUGCCCCCGUGUCCCCUGCUCCCUCCGCAGCGGUCAGGGAGGACUAACCAGCCUGUCGAGAAGGGGUCGCCUCAGGAAGAGCUGGGCGCAGCCGGCCCGGGACCUCGUGGACUUUCCCACGAGCCUGUGGGGAAUCCGGGAGCUGCUUCCGGCCUCGUUUCUAGUGGUUUUUUUUCUCAUGGAUGCAGGAAAGGCCACAUUUUUGCACUUUGGAACCCAAGAUCCAGACUUCCCGUGUCCCAUCCUUCAUCCCCUUCUCCCCCAACUCCCUCCCGUGCCCGCCUCCUGGCAGAGCAUGUGCCCAAGCGAGGUGAGCACCAGCUUGGCAGCCCCUAGCCCGGGAUCUGAAGACCUGAAGGGGCAGGCCCAGGCGGGCCAAAAGAUAUCCCCGGAGGGUCCAGCCUGAAACAAAGAUGAGGAAACCUCAGUGGAUAAAGUCUGGCACCCCAACCAGAAGGCCACCGGAGCGCGGCCCAGGCAUGGCCAUCAUGUCCACCGAGUGGAUGUUGGCACGUCUGGGGCUCUCCGUGCCACCAGUGAGAGCCAGCAGCCAAGCUGCCGAGCCCAUCCCAGGAUGCACCGAGAGAGGGAGCGUCCGGGGCCAGAAGGGGACUGUCCUCUGACCCUCUGACCUGCUCUGAUCCCAUCGGACCCUGGCCUGCAGCUCUGACCGCCCAGUUUGAAGAGAGACCAGAGCAAGGGAGCUAGGAAGCUGCUGUCGGGCCCAAAGGGGGGAGCAGCUCUCCGUCAGCUCUGCUUUGGAAGAGGAAUCCGACUUGUUCUGUCUGGACUGAGAAGAGCUGGGAGCGGUGGGAAGGGCCGAGGCGGACUGGCUCCUUAGAAGAGGGGCGCCUCGAGAGCUCCUGAGCCCCCCCCCCAUGUGGCCAGGGCUGGGAGGUGGAUGUGACCAGCUGCGGCGGGCGCCUGGGAGAUCCCGGGGAGCCCCAAGCCUGCCUCCCCCCCAAUGCAAACCAACCAGACCGUGACUGGUUCUCCCUGGACUGGUGGGGGGCCGCCCCCGGACAAAGGUGACUGAGAGUUGUGGCGCGGCCCUGGCUCUCGGGACGAGCUGGCUGGGGCAGGGCAGGAGGCGGCGGUGGGUCCCUUGUCGCCUGCCCCCACGCGUUCCCCGAGGCGAGGCCAGGCCAGCAGGCACGGAGCAGCCUGGCUCUUGGCAGCUUCCUUCCGACUUGAACCGGUGCCCUGCCUGCCUGCCCCGAGCGGCCUCUCCAGCCCCUCCCUCCGUCCUCCAGACAGCUAUCGGGGCCCUCCCGGGGCCUGGCCAGCUGGAAGUGGGGCGGCACGAGCUGGGGCCCGUCCUCCCGUCCGUACAGGAUGUCUGUCUGUCUGUCUGUUCUCUCCUUGGUCUUUGAUUUGCUGACUAGGUGAUACCUUGAAAAUCGUGGUAAACAUAUCAAAUGUA